UCUCCCUCUCUUCCUUUCCUCCUCCCAGCGCUGUAUCCUUCUACGUCACCGUGCACAUCCACCAAUCGCAGUUAUCGACGCAGACGGCCGCAGUUGGGCAAGCCAGUGGCAGAGCUUGUCACGUCGCCAUUCCCCUCCACCCCGCCGCCCCCCCCCUCUCUCCCAGGGAGCGCGCCUCAGGGGAGUCAAAGGGCGCGUGGUGGACGAAUCGGCGGCUCGCCGCCAUGAGAACGUGAGGGGACGCGAGCGGCACCGGAAAUCCCGCACCGAGUACCGACCAUUGGCUACCGCGCAUCUCUGUUGGGGCUGCUGGACAUUUCCCUGUCGCCGGAGCUGUGAGACUGUUCCACACCGAUUUCCUCACGUCAUCCGGAGGGAAGCGGCUUCACCCCCCCUUCCCCUCAUCGGCUCCAGCUGGUUUCCGUUCCCCUCCCCCCACUUCCACCGGGUAACGGAGGAGGGGAGGAGGGGGAGGUAGGCCGCGGCCCCCGCCGGCUCCAUGAGCAAGUUCGCGGCCUUCCCUCCCUCCUCCUCCUCCUCCUCCUCACCGGCCCCAUCACCGUGGGGCUCCAGCAGCCAAGGAGUAGGGAUUAAGGACUAGCAGACACCUGGGCGCCCGGAGCGCAGCUUUCUCGACUCUUCAUACAAGUUUGGGCAAAACACUGGAUUUUUACAUGUGAAUAGCAUAACGCGGCUUUCCACUAUGGAGUCGGACACCUUAUAAUAAAAAUAUCAUUGUGAUUCACUUGUACAGUGUAACAUAGAAACCGUUUGACAGCAGACGGUUGAUGACGAAGCGAUAGGGGCAUAAAUGAAGGCCAAGUAAGGAAGGCAAAACGAUGCCCAAGGGUGGGUGUUCUAAAACACCACAGUCAGAAGAAUUCAGCAGCUACGACAUGGUGGAGAAACAAACUGGGAAAAAGGAUAAAGAUAAAGUUUCUUUAAAUAAAACUCCAAAGUUGGAUCGAAGUGAUGGAGGGAAAGAAGUGAAAGAGAAAACUACGAAAAGAAAAUUGCCUUUCUCAGUUGGGACAAAUGGAGAUCAAAAAGAUUCAGACACAGAAAAGCAGGUCCCUGAAAAGAAGCGAAUCAAGAAGGAACCUGCCAACCGGAAGUCUGGGUUACUUUUUGGUAUUUCUGGGAUUCGAGCUGGGUACCCUUUGUCGGAAAGGCAGCAGGUUGCUUUGCUUAUGCAGAUGACAGCGGAAGAAUCUGCCAACAGCCCAGUUGACACAACACCAAAGCAUCCUUCUCAGUCUACAGUCGGUCAGAAGGGGACCCCUAACUCCGCCUCCAAAACCAAAGACAAAGUUAACAAGCGGAAUGAGCGGGGGGAGACUCGUCUUCACCGGGCAGCCAUAAGAGGUGAUGCACGGCGUAUCAAAGAGCUGAUAAACGAGGGAGCAGAUGUGAACGUGAAAGACUUUGCAGGAUGGACAGCCUUGCAUGAGGCGUGUAACAGAGGUUAUUAUGAUGUUGCAAAACAGCUGCUGGCUGCCGGUGCUGAGGUCAACACCAAAGGGUUGGAUGAUGACACCCCCCUGCAUGAUGCAUCUAGCAACGGUCACUACAAGGUUGUUAAACUACUGUUGCGUUAUGGAGGCAACCCUCAUCAAAGUAAUCGCAAGGGUGAAACGCCUUUAAAAGUUGCACACUCUCCAACAAUGGUUAACCUUCUCCUUGGAAAGGGUACCUACACCUCUAGUGAGGAAAGUUCAACAGAAAGCUCAGAAGAGGAGGAUGCACCUUCAUUUGCACCAUCCAGCUCGGUUGAUGGCAAUAACACAGACUCUGAGUUUGAAAAGGGGUCCAAACAUAAGGGUAAACAUCAUAACCCGCCAAAAAGCACGCCGGUGAAAGACGAGUACGAGUUCGACGAGGAUGACGAAGAAGACCGCGUGCCUCCGGUUGACGACAAACAUCUGCUGAAAAAAGAAUUCCGGAAAGAGGCUAAAGCGAACAAUAGUGUAAUUGCUAUUCCUAAAAUUGAAGGAAAAACUUAUUCUAAAAACACGACUGCACCAAAGAAAGCUGCUCGCCGUAUCCUUUCCGAUACGUCAGACGAGGAGGACCAUUCCAUCUCUGUAGGAACUGAAAAACUCUGUUUGACCGCUCACACCGUUUUACCGAGCAAUAAAACCAGGGAGCAGCCUAUAGCCAAGCAUAAAGAAAAAAGUAAAGUAAAAAAGAAACGGAAGAAAGAUACAAAAAAUAAGGAAGUAAAAUUUGGAAAGAAAAAUGUUUUCUGCUCCUCUGAAACGGAAAGCGAAAAUUUGGAGAGCGAUGUAGAAAAUAUGCUUUCCUUGGACAGCUCAAACUGUAUAAAAGACUCUGCCUUAACUUUGAAGGAAACUUCUUUGUUUAGUAGUUUAUCAGCAUCUUCUCAAGGGAGUUUAGCAUCACAGAAGCACAAUGCGAAUAUCCACGACCAGCACUCGAAGCACUGGAGAACAGACAAUUGGAAAACUGUAUCUUCUCCAACCUGGUCAGAUGUUAGCUCGUUAUCAGACUCCACACGGACACGGUUAACUAGUGAUUAUGAUUACGCAUCUGAGGAUUCCAGUUUGGAGUCUUUGAAACCGGUUAAAAAGAAACACGAGCACAAAAAGAAAAGUAGUACACAUAAUAACAUUUAUGAAAAAAACUCUUUCCAUGUACACGUUGAAGGGGCAAUACCCAAAUUAGACAAAGAAGGUAAAGUAGUGAAAAAACAUAAAACUAAACACAAACACAAAAGUAAAGAAAAAGGACAAACCCAAACCAGCCAAGAUGUUAAGAUUCUUAAAAGUUUUUCCUUUGAGUAUGACGACUCUAAACAGAAAUCGGAUAAGUCAUUAAAUCUGGAGGAUGUUCCAGAAAAGUUAAAAGUAGUCAAACAUGAUCAUGAACAUCUCAGGAAAGAAGAUAAACUCCCCAAGAUUAAAACAGAGGAGAAGGAUUGGUCAUUCAGAGAUGAGGGAGGUAAAGUUGCCAAAGAGGAGAAGUCAUCAAAGAAAGCAAAAGAGGGUAAGGACUGUAAUAAAAAUUUCAAAGAGGACAGAGACCGGUCCAGCAAAACAGAGCGAGAAAAAUCUGUCAAAGAGAAAUCCCCCAAAGAUGAAAAACCCAAAACCCACAAAGAAGAAAAAAAGAAGAGUAAAGACAAAUCCUCCAAAUCUGAAAAGAAAAGUGAACUGAAAGAAGAAAAAAAUUCCAAGAAUGAUAAAGAUAAAAAUUUUAAAGAAGAAAAGGAGAAAAUCAAGAAGGAAAAGUCUCAUAAAGAGGAGGCGCCUAUUGAAGAGUUCAAUAACAAAAAUACAUUUUUAGAAAAUGAGGAAGCAAAAUAUAGUACUUCAGAUGACCAAGGGUUAUGGAUUUCAGAAAUGUCCUCAGAUUCAUCUUUUGAUUUUAAAGCCGAGGAUAGCUGGGACUCCUCAUUCACAGACUUUAGGGAGAGCAAAAACGAUGCAAUCACAAAGCUCAUAGUGGAAACUGUCAAAGAAGAAGUCAAAGAAAAAGAAUUCAAAAGCAAAGACAGAAGAGAAUAUGGAGACAAGCAACCAGAGAAGGAGACUAUCAUAAAAAGGAAGGAGAGAGACAGUGUAGACAAAGUUUCUGACAAAAAGAAAGACCAGCCAGACAUGCACAAAGGUACCCAAUUGUAUACAGCGGAGCGGGAAAAGAAACGGAGGGACUCUAUAGAUCUCACUAAAAGUCGAAAGGAAAAAGAUGGCGACUCUGUAAGAAGGGAUUCUACCGUAACAAAGGAGCGCAGAGAUUCUAAAAUAAAACAAGAACAGUAUAAAGAAGAUUUGAAUGAUAUCAGCUCAGAGGCUUUUUGUAAAGACAAGCCAGAACCAGAAACUGUUCCAAAAAAUUCUGAGGCACGAGAAAGGCACCAUUCGGGCAAAGAGAAGGAAAAGAGAGAGACUUCGGAGAAAAAGGAGAAGACCAAAUCUGAAAAACACAGGGAAAAGUCAAAGGACUCUGAGAGAGAGAAGGCAGAAAAAUCUACAGAGAGAAGUCAGAAAGAAAAGGAAACCGACAGGGGGUCCAGAGAGAAGAAAGAUGCAAAGGAAAAAUACAAAGAUUUGCACAAAGAUAGAAAAUCUUCCUUGGAUCAGAAAAGUGAGAAAAAAGAUAAGAAUUGCUCUCAAGAAAAAGAUUUUGGUGACAAGGAUGAGAAAAAGACCAGAGGAAAAAAUUGGUAUAGCAUUGCUGACAUAUUUACAGAUGAAAGUGAAGAGGAAGAAGAACGCUAUGUGCCUGGGUUCAAAGUCAAUGAGGCAUACAGCAAUGAUUUACACAGUUAUCAUGAGCGGGACACUAUCGUCCAAGACAAAGAGCCUUCCCAGUCCGAAAAACAUAGAAAGUAUUCCAAUGACAAGCAGCAUUCAGGGGAAAAGCAGAAGGAACGUAAAAAGGAUAAAAUACAGGGAGACUCUGGGAAGGAGAAAAAGGAGAAGAGCUCUGAAAAACACAAAGACAAAAAAGAUAAAGAUUCUCUUGACAAAUACCGUAAGGACAGAGUAUCAGUGGAUUCUAAUCAAGACAAGAAAUCCAAACUAAAGGGGCAAGUUGAAAAAACGGACAAGAAACAUUGUAGUGAAGAGAGAGCCAAAAACAAACACAAAGAUAAAGAUCACUUUAAAGAUCGAAAGUUCUCAAAAGGUGAAGCAGAAAAGAGUCUGCUGGAAAAAUUGGAAGAAGAAGCUCUCAACGACUACAAGGAUGACUCCAAUGACAAAAUUAGCGAAAUUUCUUCAGACAGUUUUACAGAGCGAGGCCAAGAUGCAGGUCUUGGGAAUAUGUUUGAACCUGGUGUUCUUGCAAACAUGGAAUCUGUGGAUGAAAAAUUUAAAGAUCUAGUGCCUGUGCCUUGUUUAGCAGAAAAGCUGAAAGAUAAAGAAAGAAAUAGACACUCUUCCUCAUCGUCAAAGAAAAGCCAUGAAAAGGAUAAGGUCCGAAGGGAGAAGUCCGAUAAAAAAGGCGAAAAACUGGAUGACCUAAAGGACUCCUACACCAGGAGAGAGUCUAUACAGUAUGAUAAAGAAGCUCCAGCAACAGAUGGGGAGGUGUAUACUGGAUUCAUCAUUAAGACAGAACCCGAAGAGGAAUUGGACAAAAGUGCAGACUACAUGUUUACGAUCGACAAAGAGAAGCACGACUGUGAAAGAGAAAUUUUAAAGAAGUCUGAAAAGGAAAAAGUCUAUAUUGUCUCCUCUUCCACAGUCAAAGAAAAGAAAAAGAAAGAUAAACAUCGUGACAAAAGCAAAGAGGACAAGCACAGAGACAAACAUCUGGAAGCAUUCUUUAAGCUUCACAGAGAAGAGCAGAAACUGGGUAAAGAGAAGGAGUGUCCUCCGAUAACUUCAAAAGAGAAGUCUAAAGAAGAGCUGGUGAAAUUUGGUGAAAACAAACUGAAAGACCGCAUAAAGGAGAACCCAGAUAAAGAGAAAACGGAGACUGUGAAAAUUAGUAAUGGAAAUGAAAAAAUAAGCUUUAAAGAAACCAACAAGAAAGAUACAAGACCAAAGGAGAAACUUUUGGGUGAUGGAGAUCUCAUGAUGACUAGCUUUGAAAGGAUGCUUAGCCAAAAAGAUCUGGAAAUAGAAGAGAGGCACAAAAAGCACAAAGAAAGAAUGAAGCAAAUAGAGAAAAUGAGACACAGAUCUGGGGAUCCAAAGUUAAAAGAGAAAAUAAAAUCUGAAGAAUUGCGCAAGCGAAGUUUAGACUUGACUACCAAGAAACCUCUUGUUACAGAUCCCCUUCAAAAAGAAAAGAAGGCAAAGGAGCAGACCUCCUUGAAUAUAACGUUGCCUGAAAAUAAAGCCCAGUCAGUCAUUGGGAAUGAUUCUAAAGAUUGGCUUAAUGGUCCACAAAUUAAGGAAGUGCUUACUGCUUCACCAAGGCCAGAUCAAAGCAGGCCAACAGGCGUUCCCACUCCUACUUCUGUGAUUUCUUGUCCCAGCUAUGAAGAGGUCAUGCAGACCCCAAGAACACCGUCAUGUAGUACUGAAGAUUACCCAGAGCUAAUGUUUGAAUGUUCGGAUACCCAACAUUCUUUGCCCGUGUCUGCAAUGUCAAUGAAUGCCUGCUCACCGACCUUCUUUGACCGUUAUUCAAAUACAUCUGGUGGGAUUCCUGAAAAUACAAGUCAAACUCCAACUAAACUAUCUUCCUCCAUCAGUCGUAGCCGUUCAGUCUCUAUUGAUAUAAGAAGAGUUCCUGAAGAGGAGUUUUCAGCUUCAGAGAUGAAGUUUUUCAGACAACAAAGUGUUCCAGCAUCUUCUAGUUUCAGUUCACCAAUGCAGAUGAUGAUUGAGGAUAAGAUGCAACCUCUCUUACCUGCAGAGAAAUUCUCUUGUUUAUCUCCAGGCUAUUAUUCACCAGAUUACAGACCAGCAUCUCCAAGGGUUGAAGAUGUUACUUGUACACCUGUGGACAUUGCAAGUAUUGCUCCUUCUCCUGACCGUGUACACUCAGGUUUACAAGCAAAAUCCUCACCAUCAGAGAGAGAUGACUUGCUGGAGCCUUCUACAGAAAGUGCAGUUCCACCUGAACUUGGCUUGCCCUGUGAUUCUGCAGAAGCACAACAAGCUACAGAAUCCAUUCUGCCCCAAGAACAAAGCUUCUCCCCACCAGAGCCAAAUUUUAUGCAACAAGAGUCUGCCUUCUUAGAGUCUGAAAAUAACUUUCUUCCAAAUGACAAUAACUUUCCUGCUGAACCUGACUUCAUACCACAAGAAUCAAGUUAUCUGCACCAGGAACCUGCUUAUAUUCCUCAGCAGACAGGCUUUCUGCCCCAGGAGUCUGAAUUUUUGCCCUCAGAGCCACCCUUUAUGCCACCAGAACAAAAUUAUGUUCUCAACACAGGAUCUAGUUUUCCAUCCUCAGAGGCUACUUACUUGUCUCAUGAAUCCGGUUUUCAUGCAUCACUUACAGAAUCCACUUUUCUACCUCCUGAACCUGCCUUUUUACCACCACCUACAGAGUCUGGUUUUCUUCCACUGGUUGAAGAAAAUACUUUUGGUUCCACAAUCUCUGAGCAGAACCUAGGAUGGGUUAGUCCAGCUGCUAGGAAUGUAGACUCUGUUAUGCCACCCAGUCUCUUGGGUAACAAUCCAGAGCAAGCUGCAAGCUGGUCCAUCGAACCUGAUCUCUUAAAGUCUCCUCAAAUAUUCCCGGAGUCACCCAAGCACUUUUGUCCAUCCGAUAAAGCUAUUGCUGCUGCAGUUCCUUUCAUUUCAUCUGAUUCACCUUACCCAGUUUCCCCCAUUUCAUAUCCCAUGUCUGAACCAGCUCCUGAAGAAUUAAAGGCAGAUGAAGAGGAAUCAGAAGACGUUAUGCCCCAUUCAGAUGACCAUGCUCCAUACAUGUCACCUACUCCCCUUGCCAAUUUCUUCAGUGACUGUAAGACCCUUCCAGAGGAACCACAAUCUCUGUCAGACACCCAGAUUAAUUUAGAACCUCUUGCAGACACUUUAGCAUCUGUCAAAGAAACUGCUGUAGAACCUGAUGACCUACCCCCACCUAAUCAGGAAGAUCCAGAGCCAUGGACUGACCCAUUUUCUUCAGUGGUGGAUGACUUGGACCUUGGGCCUUUUUCUCUACCAGACCUCCCACUUCCAGUCAAGGAGGAGAACGAUUCUGAAGCUAUUGAACAGUCAAACAUAAUUGCAGAAGUUCCUGGGGUUAUUUCGGAUGUCCCUAAUGUCGAUGACACUACUGAAAUGGAUCUUCCAGAGCCUGCGAUUCCUAAAGAAACAUGUGCAAUGGAGGUGCAGGAGCAGUUGCCUGAAAUUCAGGAGCAAAAACAUCAGGAAGAAGAAUCUACAGUGGAUAUUGCAGUGCUGUCUCUUAGUUCCAAACAAGUGUUUGAAACUGCAAACUUUCCUAUCCCCUUUGUACAGCUGACUGCUCUUGAACAAAUGGAAACUAAAGUUCAGACAGACCUGAGUUCUACAAAGACCAAUGCUCAGGUGUUGCCAAAGAACCUAGAGCCUAUUGAUGUGAAGGUUGCUAAUAGUUCACCAGUGGAAAAUGUAAAUUGUGAACCAGUUGCACAAGUGGAGCCCCCUCAAAUCAACCCCUCUGUAGAAGUUCCAGAGCAGACGCCAAAAGUUACAAUCGAUGUCCCAAAGCAACCCAAAGUAGAAGAGAUACCUCAACGUAUGACCCGCAACAGGGCUCAGAUGCUUGCCAACCAGAAUAAGCAGAAUUCCUCCCCAGCGGAGAGAGAGCAGCCUACCGUAACUGCACCGACGACCCGAGGAAAGAGUAAAGUUGCAGAGGAGGAAGAGUCUCAAACGCAGCACCCGCGUAAGAGAAAGCUGCAGAAACCAAACCAGCUUCAGCAGCAGAUAAUCAGCAACACCAGUCAGCAAACUCGGGAGAUGAUUCAACAGACUCUGGCAGCCAUAGUUGAUGCUAUAAAAUUAGAUGACAUUGAGCCAUAUCAUAGUGACCGGUCAAACCCAUACUUUGAGUAUUUGCAGAUUAGAAAAAAGAUAGAAGAGAAAAGGAAAAUCUUGUGCUACAUCACCCCUCAAGCACCGCAGUGUUAUGCAGAGUAUGUGACCUAUACUGGCUCCUAUUUAUUGGACGGCAAACCACUCAGCAAGCUCCACAUUCCAGUGAUUGCACCACCUCCGUCAUUGUCUGAGCCACUCAAAGAAUUAUUCCGGCAACAGGAAGCAGUUAGGGGAAAGCUUCGCCUGCAACACAGCAUUGAAAGAGAGAAACUCAUAGUGUCUUGUGAACAGGAGAAUCUCAGAGUUCAUUGUAGAGCGGCCAGGACAAUUGCCAAUCAGGCUGUGCCUUUCAGCGCCUGCACCAUGCUGCUGGACUCCGAGGUCUAUAACAUGCCUCUGGAAAAUCAGGGAGAUGAAAAUAAAUCCGUCAGAGAUCGGUUUAACGCUCGGCAGUUCCUAUCUUGGCUGCAGGAUGUCGAUGAUAAAUAUGACAGAAUGAAGACAUGCGUGUUAAUGAGACAGCAGCAUGAAGCCGCAGCCUUGAACGCCGUACAGAGGAUGGAAUGGCAGUUAAAGAUGCAAGAACUGGAUCCAACGAGCCACAAGUCCCUGUGCGUCAAUGAAGUUCCCUCUUUCUAUGUGCCAAUGGUGGACGUUAACGAUGACUUUGUGCUCUUGCCAGCAUGACAAGGUGGACAUCCCGGGUUUGUUUGUUUUUACUUCCUGCGAAACUGGCAAGGGCCGGCCCCCUUGGCAUAGAGGAGCUCAGACUUCACUUGCAUCGUAUCGCUUGCUGAUGAAUCCGCUGCUUACAAGAGGAGGAAGCAUUUCGAUUUUUGCUAGUAUGGAAACCCUAAAGGAAUUGCACUUUCUUCACAGCUUAAACCCACCACUCCUCUCCGUAGCAGUCAGGGAAGGCCACCGCGGGAGGAGCACGCACCGACAGAGUGCCAGGGAGGCGGAGAGCAAGGGAUCAAGGACGCCACAUUAGUGUGUAUUGUAUCCACGUAACUGCGGCCUGCUCAGAGAUGUAGUGGAGAACUAAAUAAUAUGGAAGGUGCCCAUUCACCAUGGUCAUUUUCAGUUACAGGUCUGGCGGUUUGUGAACUUCUAUGGACCUACUUUAAUUUGGCUUUUCUUUUUCUCUUUUUUUUUUUUUUUUUUUUUUUUAUUCCCUCCUCAUUGCUAGGCCAUGGUGCAACGCGACAAAACCGCCUUCAGCCGCUGACUACCUCAGGUCAGCCUGUAAGUUGCCAGGCCUCUAUUGCAAAAUAGCAACAGGCCAGUUUUCCCAUUAACGUUAAUUUGUUCCUGCUCCUUUAAAGUUCUUGCAGAUCCUGCAUGUGGUUAAUAACCUGGUUUAGGAUUCUCGCAUCUCCUCCAUGCUUAAAAACAGCAGUGGCAAGCAUGACGGUUCUAAAUUCUAUUUUCAAAGCAGACGCUCAAUUUGUCACUCCCCCCACCCCAACCUUUUCCUGUCUUUUAAUCUCUUGGGCAUUUUGUUUCUCUUGUUGGAGAACUUAACUUGAAACACUACAGAGCCAAUACUCCUAUAUGUAUGGAAAAGACAAAAAAAAAAAAAGUAUCUGGUAAAUUAUGUACAGUUUUUUAUACACAUUACCCAAUGUACUUUGCUGCCUUCUAGAUAAAUUAUUUUGCAAACACAUUACUGCACAGUUGUAAAUAACUUAUGUACUGUAACAUCACUUUCAGUUUUGUGUAAAGAAAUAAAUAAAUUUAAAAAACUUUGUAAUAUAUAGUUCACCCUAGGCAGCAGCUUCUUUGAAGAGAUGGAUUCCGGGAGCGUGGGCGACAGAAGGGCCAAAAAAAAAAAAAGUUUUAUGUUCAGUAUUUUGAUCAUUUUUGUCUCCAUGUGUGAACUUUAAUUUUGCUCAUGCCUGACACAGUGGUUGCGUCAGACCUUGUGCUGCGAAAAGGGGUCUUGCGUACAAUUUAAUACCUUCAAUGAAAAGGGUUAAUGCAGGGAAGUAACUACAUCAUUUUGUUCCGAAAGAUCUGGCGAGUAUGUCAAGGUUCUACCUAUAUGUUGUCUUAGAGCUUUUUAUUUUUUAUUUUAUUUUUUUGCUGUUGGGUCUGUAAAUCUGCAGCCGGUUAGCAGGAAUAUUGAGGUCUGCCUUAGCAAAUUUUAGUCAUCAGUAAUCCCUCGUGAAUGUACUGCUUGGCAAGUCCUGAUUUCUUCUCUCUCUCUCUCUCUCUCUCUCUCUCUCUCUCUCUCUCUCUCUCUCUGUUUGGUAGUUGCCAAUUUUACCUAAAUUUAAGAAUACAAUGUUGCAAUUUCGUAACAGUCGCCAUUAGUCUUACUUUCCAGAGCAGUUUACCAGUGCUUGCAUUUUCAUCUUUAAUUGGUGAUUUUGGGUAGCUGCGUGGUUGUCAUGAGUCUAGAACUGCGGUUUUGCAUUAGAACCUCCCAUCUUUUAGUACAGCUGUGAAAGAUCUUUGUACAUGGCAUAAUACCUUAUGAAAAUGUCACGUUCAGUGUGAUAGACUGGUAGCAAAACUUUGAGACCAUCCAGCAGUAUGGCUUGAGGCUUGGCACAGCUUUGUAAGUCUAGGUUCAAGUCUGUAGAACCAUCCUGCUACAUUAAUCACUGCACUGUUAUAUUUAUAUAGCACCAGCUUUUUGUUGUGUCUCUGAAUAAGUGGUUAGUGGUUGACAGGAGAUAUGAUAGGAUCUGUUUUAAAAAAAUAAAAUAUCCUCCAGCAUUGACCUAGCGGAUUCUGUAUUUUCCUGCAGUCACAACGUCAACAGUCACACUUUCAGCAGAAAAUGCCGACACAGCAGUAAUGUUGGUUAGAGCGCUGUAACCGUUAUCACACUGUAACUUUCAGUGUGUUGGUAAAGUAUCAUUUUUAAAGUUAGUGAUUACCCGGUUACAGUGCUUUAAAAUUAGUACUGUUGGCAUACUGUGCUCGACUGUAAACUGCCGACAGUGUGAUUAUCAUAAUUGCCUACCUCCCUAUCUAGCGACCUCUGCAGUCAGCACCUGUACUUCUGUUACCAGGAGCUGAAUUACUGACAUUGAUAUGCCCAUAGUUUUAUUUGCUUGCUCUGGAGACCAGUUUAAUAAAAUGCAGGUAAAUAGGGGUUUCUUGCUGUCAAGCUGUGAAGACGUAACUAUUAUCCUGUCUAUUGAAUUAACUACUUUGCAUUUGGUAAAGAGAGCCCAUUGGAAAUGAACACGUGUCCACCCGUUUGUCGCAGGACCAGUUUAUCUGCCCGGUUCAGGUUCCUCUCCCCUGCAGAUAUUGUGGCGUUCCUUAUUUUGCUAUAGUAUUCUUGACUGUUCAGUUGUUUUGAAUUGUUUUGAGGCUUCUUACGUUACAUUCCAGACAAGUCCCUUUAGGCAGACUAUACAGGUGGCAGUCAGGCAUGCUAUCUGAUAUAGGCAUGGUCAUGCAGUAGUAGCAAUGUCACCAUUAGAAAGAGUAAACAGGGCUCCCAGUUCUCCUCCUCAGCCAUCUGAGCGGGCAUCAGGGUGCUAAGUAGGGUGCUGGGAUGUCCGCGUUUACCCUUUUCUUCCCAAGUUAGCCAGGGUGUUGAAGAAAAAAGUUCAGGUGUCAUGGUGGUAAUAUAUGUGCCCUUUGUAAUAUUGUCCUUCACAUGCAAGUUCUUUACAUGACAGAUAAUGCAGUGCAUUAUGGCUUUCCUCAUACAGUGCUGCAGGGGCUGGUAGUAACUUCAUAAAACGGCUGCGUUUAAGGAACCUUUCACUAACUAAUUUUUUGUCAAGAUGUUUGCUGUCAUAAAGUGAGGAAAAGGCCAUUACAGUGAUUCUAGCUCAUCUGUUUCACGCCUGUGUCCCAAGUCUUUAAAUCUGAAACGUUCUUUCACACAGACUGAUGUUAGCAGAGAGUGCUACCAGCAGGGGGCAGUUCUGCUAACCUACAGAUUAUGUGGCUUCACACAGUCUUGCUGCUUAACGGCUCCUAUUAGGAACGGUUUCUCUGUGAAUGUACGAGUGACUGACUUUAGAUCUUGAUAGCCAAUAACCAAAAUGUCCUUAAACAGUCCCAACACACAGCGGAUGAAGCAGUUUUGCGGCCUUAAUGCGCUUCAGCGGUUUGGCAAGUCCUAGUGAAUAGGUAGACUGGAUAUUGUUUCGGGCCCCAAAUCGUCUUUCUCCACUUAGAUUUAAACAAUGGUUCCGCUUUAAUUUGCUAAUCGAUUAAACAUUAAAGGUUUCCUACCUAUACAUUAACUUCCCCAUGUAUUACUGCAGUUGUCCUUUACCUGACCUCCAUCUGCUGUUAGACUGUUUUUUAACCAGUUUUCGUUUAAAGAAACGGUUUCUUUAAACAAUUACUUAAGAACUUUUUAAGCUAGUUUUUCAGCCCCAAGGCACCAGCCUUUACCCCAUCCAAAUUUAAUCUGUCAAAUUAUUUAUUCUUUUUAACUCACCUGUGGUAUAUAUGUUGCUUCAUGUCUCAGCAGAUUGUAUAUUUCCCUCCUGUCAUGGUUCUAAGAGACAUUGUACAUAUGUAAAUAUGGAGCUAGCAGGUCGCACCACACCCUCUGUUACAGGUCUCUUCAGUACAGCCAGAUUUCUUGGUAAUGUAACAAUGUAACUUUUUUUAUUUUUAUUUUCCACUUGUUUGUGUACAUAUUGUGUUGGCAGUGCUGGUGCUGCCUUGGCACUGCGCUGCCGGUUUUUGCAGUUCAAUCAUUCAGCUGUACAAGUUCCUGCAGAAUACACAGAUACAAAAUGUUAUUUUCUACAAUUGCAUGUACAGACAUAAGGCCAGAAAAAUCUGUCGUCUCUCAGAGAUAAUGUUCGUAAAUAAAUGAAACAAAAUAAA